UAAACAAUCAACCAUAAACCAGAAAUAAAAUAACAUAAAAAUAAAGAAAGAAAACAAGGGCCUCCAUUGCUGCAAGCACACUUUUUUCUCAUCCAAUGAUCCAAUUCAUUGACUCAAAUCCCCCCGACACACAAACACCAUAUAAACUCACACAACAAUAACAUAAAACAACAAUUUCUCCAUAAAUUCUUAAUCUCAACAACACAAUCUACAAACUCAAAAUCCUCAAAUCCAACAACAUGGAUAGGCUUGUGAAACCAGACAGAAAUGAAGUGGAAGUUGUGUUCAUCAAGUCACAAAAGUGCAGCUCCACUUUCAAGCUCACAAACCUAAUGCACACAAUGACAGUGGCAGUGUCACUAACAACAACAAACCCAUCAAUCUUUUCAAUCAAUAAACCCUUUUCCAUAAUCCCACCACUCUCAUCAUCCAAUUACACUCUCCAACUCACUCAUCACCACCACCCACCACUCUCCGACCCUCCUGAUGCCGUCACCGUCCGCACCGCCAUGCUUCCCGUCGGAAAGGCCCACCAUGACGACCUCCGCCGCCUCUUCUCCAAGCCUGGCCCCCACGUCUUCCGCGACGCCGUUUUGACCAUCUCCCUCGUCGGACCCACCGUCGCCGAAUUCCUCAUCACCACCCACCAUACCCAAAUCCCCGAAAGCUUCAAGCUUUUCACCAAUUCACUAUCCCAAUGCACAAAGCCCCAACUUACGAACCUUAUAAAACCCGCAAUUGAACAAAGAAACGUAGAAACCGUAGCCGUUUUGAUCAAAGCCGGCGCGAACCCUAAUUUCAGAGACUCAACGGGAAAAUCCUUAAUCCCUUACGCGAUUCGGCACGGGAAUUUCGAUAUUCUGAAGCUUCUGGUAGACUCUGGAACCCGAAUUGAAAACUCGGUUGACCUAGUUCUUCACGAAGCCGCGGCGAUGAACAGAAUCGAUUUCAUGGAGCUUCUAUUGGACUCUUUCCGUGACGAAUUGGACGUGAAUUUAGUGAAUCAUAACGGCGAAACGCCGAUUCAUGUGGCUGCGAUUCACGACAACGUCGAAGCAAUCGAGUUCAGCGUUUCCAUCGGCGUAAACCCUAACGCCGUCGACAUUAACGGCUCCACGGCGCUUCACUUUGCAGCUUAUAACGGGAACUUAAACGCCGUUGAGUGUUUGUUAGAAUGCUCGAACGUGAAAUACGUUAAGAAUCGGUUCGGGAAAACGGCGUUUUCUUUAACCGAAGAGAAUAAGCACUUUCACUUAGCCGAAAUGCUGCGUUUCGGUGACUUGGUAUUCCGCGCUGCGAGGGUGGACGAUGUUCACGCGCUGAAGAGGUUGUUGGGAGAAGGCGCGUGGGUCAAUCGGAGGGACCAGAAUGGGUGGACGGCGCUGCAUUGGGCUGCGUUUAAGGGUCGGAUUAAGAGCGUGAAGGUGUUGGUUGAUCAUGGCGCGUGGGUUGACGCGGUUGAUGAUGCAGGUUACACUCCGUUACAUUGUGCUGUUGAGGCAGGGCACUUGCAAGUUGCUAUUUUGCUUAUUGGUCAUGGUGGGUCCCAAGUUAGCCUUAAGAGCUUCCAAGGUGUUGUUGCAACUCUUGAUUUGGAUUCUCUUGAAAAACAUGUUACUCUUAGAUCAUCAUCAUAAAUUCUUAGAUAUUUUUUUUUUUUUGAAAGGGUUGGAAUAAUGGCACAAAAUUUUUGUAUGGAUUAGCUAUGUAUGUAAUUUUGUACACUAAAUUUUCAUCCAUGAAAAAUUUUGUUUCAUUUCUCACUUAUAACCAAAUAUCUAAAUGUGUUUAGAGUAAGAAAAUGAUGUACACUCUUGUAAUUUGGUAUAUCAAUUUUGUAAAUUGUUGUUUUUGGGAUAUUUUUAGGAUAUGUUUACAAGUUUUGAUUUUGUAGGAAAGGGAAAUAUUUGAA